ACACACUCUCUACCACUCAUAUACUCAAUACCUUCUUACCUUUAACUCAUAAAUUAUACGUCUUUUUAUAAAAAAUUUUUUUUUUUUUGCUUUGAAUGUUUGUUGUUAGGCAAUUUUCAGAGGAUCUGUGUAGUUUUUGCUAAUUUUCUGUAUAGUAUGAUACUUUCUUAUUGUUGGUUACAUAAGGUGUAUAUAAGCCAGUUAUAAACAAAAUGAAGGAAAGGUCACGAAAAAUCAUUUGAGGUGCUCGGGAAACGAGACAAUCCUAGACUGUUUUUGCACUGGACUAGUAAGUUGCCAUGGAUGGGGGUUUACUGUCCCUUAAGUGGAACAACCAUCGCUCCACUUUCCUCCAUGUUCUCUCCACUGUCAGACGGAAGGAAUCCUAUUGUGACGUGACUAUUGCUUGUGAUGGUAAAUUCUAUCCGGUGCACAAACUAGUUUUGUCUACGUGUAGUGACUAUUUUGAAGAGAUUUUUGAAAGAACGAAUUGUAAGCACCCAGUCAUAGUGCUUAAAGAUAUUAAACACGCAGACUUGGAAGCCCUGCUAAACUACAUGUAUGUGGGUGAAGUGAAUGUGUUACAGACUGAUUUAUCUGGACUUAUUAAGUCUGCCGAGUGCUUAAGAAUAAAGGGAUUAGCUGUCCCAGAUGAGUCUCCAAAUGAUUCAGACCCUGCACAGGACAGUAAGAGAAAUGUCCCAUGGGGUGGAGAUGGACCUGAAGCCAAGCGUAGAAGGCCAGAGGAAGUUUCUCCUUUGUCACAAAGAACAAGCCAAACUCCAGGUGACAAGGGGAGGGAUCCCACUGCAAGAUUGCACGCAACUAAUAGAGAACCAUUUAAAGUACCCCCCAGGGCAAGAGAGCCUGUCAGAGUUCAAACCAGUCCUAGUCCAGUACCUGUACCACCGAAUCCAGAGACUCGCCUUCAAAAUGCUACAGUGACAGAGUCACCGCCAGAACUAUCGCAUCCGGCUUCCUGUGAUUCAGGAUCUACUACUCAAAUUGAUACUACCACUACUCAAGGCCCCUGUAACUCAAGUAAUGAAUUAGCUGGCACCACAGAUAAUUCAUUGGUAAUGGAUGAUCCCCUAGUCAAAGAAGAACCUCAGGAUGAAUAUUCAGAAGCUGACGAUACCAAAGAAUCCAUUCCAUCAGCAGACUCCGAUCCUAGCAUAAAUUAUUCUCUUCACGGUGAUCACUUGGGCAGCUUAGCAGGGGAGACUGCAAGUACGGGGUUUAAUCCUGCAGGCAUGAGGCCCACCAAUCAGCCACAAACUAUGGAAGAUCUUGUCGCACAGGCUCUCCCUGGAGCCUCAGGACUGCAAGGAAAAUCCUUGUGGGAAAGUGAUCGAGGUCUUCUUGGAAUGCCUUUUGAAGGCUUCUCAGGAAAUCAGAGCAGAGCUUCACAAAUGACAGAUUCCUUGGUUGCAGGGCAUCAGCAGCAGGUUGUUGCUGGUGGAACAGAUGAACUGACAGAGAACAGAAGAUCAAGGGGACAACUUUGCUGUCAGUUUUGCUCCAAAUCUUUCAACUACAGCAAUGACUUAGAACGCCACAUCAGAAUUCACACGGGAGAGAAACCCUUUGCUUGUCCAUAUUGUCCAUAUCGUGCAGCUGUUAAAGGAAACUUGAACCAACACAUUAGAACACACACUGGAGAGGAGCCUUUUGCAUGUUCAUUCUGCCCAUACCGUGCAAAGACCAGCAGUAAUUUAAAAACACACAUUUUUCAUAAGCAUCGUUCCUCUUGCCAAAACUUAAGUAGUUAAAACAGAUUAGUGCAAAUGUGACACUUUUUAUCCUUAAAUCUCAUACAAUAUGACUGAAAUGUGUACACUGUAUCAAUACUAUGCAAUAAAAUUAUUAAAUACCUCAGUACUGCAGUACUGUUUAUUGAAAACACAUCUUUGCCUUUCACUCAGUAAUGAUAAUAAAAAACCCAGUUUUCAUUACCACAUGUUUCAUUAAGCAUAAUGAAUUAAGACUUUCUCAUUUGAGUGUUCAAUGAAGUGUAUUAAAUAAUGAAAAAGUUAAAGAUUGGAAUGGACUGCUGAUCUGAAUACUGGAAUGUAUGUUGAUGCUGAUCUAAAGAUUGGAAUGUGUGUUGAUGAUGCUGGCCUGAAGACUGGAAAGUAUGAUAAUGAUGCUGGACUGAAGACUGGAAUGUAUAUUAAUGAUGCUGGCCUGGAGACUGGAAUGUAUACUAAUGAUGCUGGCCUGAAGACUGGAAUGUAUAUUAAUGAUGCUGUUCUGGGGACUAUAAUGUGUUCAGUGUUCAUGAUGCUGUUCUGAAGACUGAUCUUUAGUCACCAAUGUGCAAAGUCAGUAAGAGCUGAUGAAUAACUUGAGUAAUAAACAGUAUGUCAAUUUAACAAAUCAAAUAGACACUUGUGGAAAAAAUAAGAGAUCAAAAGACUAGCGAAGGAGUACAAAAGAAGAACUGAAAGAAUGUAGAAGUCAUUUUCAAUAUGUUAUGCUGAGUACAGGAAGAACUUUUGGAGAGAGAGAGAUGAGGUGAGAAAUCCUGGAUGAAGUUACAGUGCUUAAUAAUGUAAUGGGUACAUGAAGUUGCUGAGUGGGGCAGUGAUGGUGUUCAUCCUAGGAUGGGAAGGGUGAACAUUUUAAAUUACUAACUUGUUAGAGUUUGCAAAUUUUAUAAUAGUGUACAUUAUGCUAGGGAAGAACCAAGAUGAUGAAUAUAGUGGAGAUAAAAUUGUCAUGAGACUGGACAAAAUAAAUGAAGAUAACAGUUUCAUUGAAUUCAAACCAAAAUAAAGCUAAUAAUUGCAUAUUUAAAUAAGUAGUUGAUAAACUACAGGGUAAUUAAUUUCAGAUAUUAAUUAAUUAUGUAAUGUUCCUUCUAAGUCAUAAUAAAAGUAAGCCUAUAUACAA